AUGUUGUGCUUUAAUUGCCAUGAAGACCCAAUACGGCAAGAAGAGGGAACAGCGGCCUGCGGAGCUGGUCAGGGGAAGCUUCCACAGGCGUGUGGAGCAGGGUUCAGGAGGACAGUUAGCUGAAGGAGGUGGGAAUGGCUGAGACUUCAGGGAAAGUGAGGGGUGGGGCAAACUGGGAAGCAGAGAGAACGCCACAGCAAAACUUGGUGAUGGGGUACUUAGAAAACCAGCCAAAAGCUAAGUAGGAAUAUGGAAGUUAGGAAGGGAGUUUCGUAGGGAAGCAGAGUGGAGAAACCAUCAUUUGUGGAGUGUCCACUGGGAGCUAAACGCUAUACGUAAACAGUGUAACCCUCACAACAGCCUUUGAAGUAUCCUCAUUUUGCAGAUGAGGAAACUGAGGUCCAGAGACAUGAAUUAACCUGCAGGGAUUUAAGUCCCAGCCUGGCUGGCUCCAAAACACCAGACCAAAACAGUCUGGCUUCCAGGGGCCCUAAACCAAAUCAGUCAUCUGUCAGCCCCAGAGCUCACUGAGGUCACUGCCCUUCCAGACCACCCCCACCCCCCGCAGCUCUGGGUGGCCCCCAGUCUUAAACCACACUCUGUAGACUACCCUGACCAAACACUGGAAUCCCGCAGACUUGGACCCUGUGAAGUGUCAGAGCUUCCAGGAUGAGCUAGAGGCCUAGAGAGGAGGGUUCUCUGGGCAAGGAGCGCCCAGCAGGUGCCUCCGUAGGACUAGAGCCCCCCUGCACGCAGGGCUCUGUGUCUGCUGCAGUCUGGGCUCAAGGAACCACUGUUUGGAACUGUAAUUCAGACAAGGACCUGGAAACCAGAACUGGGAGGGGCUUGGAGCUGUCACGGGCUCCCAAGAGUACCCUGGACCCUCUCCUCGGAUCCACCAUCUGAGCAGGGGGCAGGCUGGGCUUCCCACACACAUUGUUCUAGAAGCAAAGUGCAUCUUCCACCACCCACCUCCGGGUGCGGUGAGCUGCACUCCCAAUUUCAGAACCCCGUGACCCAGCUGGCCUUGUAAGGUCUGUGAGGGGUCCGUUUUGUCUUCACAGACCUUACAAAGCUGGCCCUUCCCUAGGGCAGCCGCGCGUCCCCCAGCCUUCCCGGCCCGGGCUCUAGGGGAGGGAGUCAAGAGGGCCGGCCCUGCAGUCCUGCCGGUUCCUGCGGCUCCUCCCGGUGGGGGGAACACAGCAGCGAGUUUCUGCCACACUGCGGCCCGCACCUGCUGCAUUCCCCCGCGAAGCCAAAGCUUUGUCUGGGCAACGUCACACCUGAGGACAGCCAGGAGGACUCCAGCUUUUGCUGAGCAUUGCAUCUUGCCUCCUUCCUUACAAAGGCUCCGGACCCAAGCUCAGCUGUCCUCAAGUCCUGCGUGCCCCUGGCCAGGUGCCCCACUGCCCCUCCAGCUCAGCCUGGCCCUGGAGCUCACCUCCAGGACCUGGAGCCUGCCCUCCUGCCCAGAAUGACUCACCGUUAUUUCUAGCUCAAGUGAGAAGCCGUGAUGGGGAGUCAGGCUGCCUGUCUGUGUAUCUAGGAUUCCCGCAGCAUCAGAUCAGCUCUGCAAGGGAGAGCGCUUCAGAUUCCUGCCUUGCCAGCCAAGCGGGGCUGUCUCUCCGGGCCCUCAGUGAGCCCUGGGGGCUCUCCUGCAGGAGCCCAGGCCGAUGCUGCUGUGUUUCCUGGGGGCAAAGGCAGCACCCUGAGCUCCCUGCCACCGGGCAGCUAGAAGGCGUAGCACAAGGUGCUUCUCCCAGUUCCAAUUAUGACAGUGGCCACCGGAGACCCAGCAGACGAGGCUGCUGCCCUCCCUGGGCACCCGCAGGACACCUAUGACCCAGAGGCAGACCACGAGUGCUGUGAGAGGGUGGUGAUCAACAUCUCAGGGCUGCGGUUUGAGACCCAGCUAAAGACCUUAGCCCAGUUUCCAGAGACCCUCUUAGGAGACCCAAAGAAGCGGAUGAGAUACUUUGACCCUCUCCGAAACGAGUACUUUUUCGAUCGGAACCGCCCGAGCUUUGAUGCCAUUUUGUACUACUACCAGUCUGGGGGCCGGUUGAGGCGACCUGUGAAUGUGCCCUUAGAUAUAUUCUCUGAAGAAAUUCGGUUUUAUGAGCUGGGAGAAGAAGCAAUGGAGAUGUUUCGGGAAGAUGAAGGCUACAUCAAAGAGGAAGAGCGUCCUCUGCCCGAAAAUGAGUUUCAGAGACAGGUGUGGCUUCUCUUCGAAUACCCAGAGAGCUCAGGGCCUGCCAGGAUUAUAGCUAUUGUAUCUGUCAUGGUGAUCUUGAUCUCAAUCGUCAGCUUCUGCCUGGAGACGUUGCCCAUAUUCCGUGAUGAGAAUGAAGACAUGCAUGGCAGUGGAGUGACCUUCCAUACCUAUUCUAACAGCACCAUUGGGUACCAGCAGUCCACUUCCUUCACCGACCCUUUCUUCAUCGUAGAGACCCUCUGCAUCAUCUGGUUCUCGUUUGAAUUCCUGGUGAGGUUCUUUGCCUGUCCCAGCAAAGCCGGCUUCUUCACCAACAUCAUGAACAUCAUUGACAUUGUGGCCAUCAUCCCCUACUUCAUCACCCUGGGCACAGAGCUGGCUGAGAAGCCAGAGGAUGCUCAGCAGGGCCAGCAGGCCAUGUCGCUAGCCAUCCUUCGUGUCAUCCGGUUGGUAAGAGUCUUUAGGAUUUUCAAGUUGUCCAGACACUCCAAAGGUCUCCAGAUUCUAGGUCAGACCCUCAAAGCCAGCAUGAGAGAAUUGGGCCUCCUGAUAUUCUUCCUCUUCAUCGGGGUCAUCCUUUUCUCUAGUGCUGUCUAUUUCGCAGAGGCCGAUGAGCGAGAGUCCCAGUUCCCCAGCAUCCCGGAUGCCUUCUGGUGGGCAGUCGUCUCCAUGACAACUGUAGGCUAUGGAGACAUGGUUCCAACUACCAUUGGGGGAAAGAUCGUGGGUUCCCUGUGUGCAAUUGCAGGUGUGUUAACCAUUGCCUUACCGGUCCCCGUCAUUGUGUCCAAUUUCAACUACUUCUACCACCGGGAGACAGAGGGAGAGGAACAGGCCCAGUACUUGCAAGUGACAAGCUGUCCAAAGAUCCCAUCCUCCCCUGACCUAAAGAAAAGUAGAAGUGCCUCUACCAUUAGUAAGUCUGAUUACAUGGAGAUCCAGGAGGGGGUAAACAACAGUAACGAGGACUUUAGAGAGGAAAACUUGAAGACAGCCAACUGCACUUUGGCCAAUACAAACUAUGUGAAUAUUACCAAAAUGUUAACUGAUGUCUGAUUGAACCCUAGUAACAUACUCACAGCUCAAUGGAACUAAUGCAGAUAUUGCAUAAUAGCCUGCAUUGUAGUCAGUGUGUUCUACAGUGUGUAUCUGGUUCUGCAUGGAAAGCAAUAGUUGUGCAAGUGACUUUUGAUCUUUUGAUUUUUGAUUUAGAACACAGAAUACCUAUCCAUGGCUUUCAUGCAAAUCUUCAUCACUGGCUUAGGGGUUUCCAAAGAUGGGAGUCAUGUAUGGAGCCAGGAUUUCAGAAGGACACAUUGAGGCCACCUCAUAACAAACACAGCAGCCACCACAUCAGUGUCACCUUUCCUUCCUAGUGAAAUGCACACAGCAUCCAGGAGAUGCACCCCGGCCUGCCCUCACCCCCUACCCCACCACCCCAUUCGGGCCUACCUCCCUCUUCCCAGAAUGAAAUCACGGUGGCUUAGCUUUAAAGUUCUGGUAAUCAUUUGAAAGGUCAUUCCCAUUUUUGCAUCGAAAAGAACACACAGUCCUGUGUGUUGGAAUUACUUUCUGUGUCACAGGCUGGGGUUUGUGAAUUGCAGUUGCCAAGUAGAUGCUCCGGAGGCUGUGUUUCAUAACUGAAAAUGCUGCAUUUGGUUUUUUCUCUGCAGUGUCGAUGUGAGGGAAGCCCAGGGGGAGGGACCACUAGGAUGACCGAAUGUGAGUUGUCAAGUUUCACCUCUGCUCCCUUAGGCCUACGGGGAGACGCUGACAAACCAAGGGGCCUCCCAGCUUCAGAUUUCACCAUUUUCGCAGGCUUCAGGGUCACAAAAACAUGUCUGAUUUCUUCAUUACACUGGAGUUUGCAGGCAUUUGCUUUCCUAGUGCUGUGGCCCAGCUACAUUGACACUGCAGUGAAAUUUACCAGUGAUGCGAUAGAGCUGCAUGGGUGUUUGUUGCAUGAAUCUCAAUAUUUAAAACACAGGAGAUAACCUAUUUUCUUAGUAGCCUACAUGGUAUUCAUAUUUAGAAUAUUAAUAGCCUAGGAAUGGCAUUGAACUAGGGUAUUUUUUUUCCCAUCAGAAGACAAAAGCCCUCCAUCAGGAAAAAACAAAAUAGACUGUUUGGAAUGGGGAACCCAAACUUCCGGCCCUCCAGCCCACUCCAUCCCUGUUCUUCCAAAUGGGGGCUCAGACCUCUGCAAAGCCGGAGAGUGAGCAGGGAAAGUAGUGUCUAAGCGCCUCACAUGACUGCACCUUAGGAAUUAACCUAGUCAUGGGCAUGACUGUGCAGCUGACCAGGGCAUCUAGUCCUGAGGACAGGUGGAUCUGUGGAUCCAGUGUAUAUAAAUAAAUAUCGAGUAUCUCUUUCACGAGUUCCUCUACCUAGCUAGCUAUAGAAAAAAUUGCAUUUAAAUCUUGUAUAAGCUUAUGCAAUAUUUUUGACACAGGGCAAUAUAUGCAUGUCUUUGACUAUGUGCACUUGAGUGUAUAUACACACACAUAUAUAUUUAUAUAUACAUAUAUACAUACAUACGUGUGUAUAUGUAUAUAUGCACACACACGCACACAGACGUAUAUAGUCAUUCUCUGGAGUUCAGGUUCAGGAGCAAAUCCACUGCUUGGUGGGUUGGUUGUCUCAGAGGCCUAAUGGGUUCAUCUGUCUCACUGGUAACCCCACUGGGCCUGGGUUUGCUGCCAUUGCCUCAGACACUCCAGUCUUCGUGGAUUCUUCGAUGUGAGAAUUGUCUCUCUGCCCUCCAUGUGCUGCAGCUUCAGUUUCCCAUGGCUGAAGCUUGUCUCUCCUAGUGCACAAGGGCCCCAGGCCCUCACAGCUCCAGCUGUCCUGGGCCAGACCCACCCCAGGCCUCCUCACCACAGCCCAUCAUGUUUGUCAUCUCCAUUCUCAUCUCUUCCCACCCCGUUUGGUUUUUAUUUAAGACAUAGAAUGUACUUACCAAUAUAGAACAUACACGAGAGACCUACAUAAACCCUGUACAAAGACACAACCUGCAACUCAGAUACAGAAUGCACAAAAAUGACGUGGUGGUGGGGCUCUGCCUCGGUCACGUUCAAGGACCUUUCCCUAAAGACCCAGAGUGGAUCACCUUCUUUGAAGGACACUGAGGAGGAGGGCUCCUGGGGACCCAGUUUUGCAGGUCUGGAUGUAAAGGGAGCCUCCUCCAUGUGGAAAUGUCUUAAGUCAGGACCAAGGGAUGGAGUCCCUAGUUGAUCUACAGGUAUCGUUUUGAUUGCGGGGUUCAAACUCUCUCUCCAUUAAACUGGCAACCAGAGCUGCUUAAAGAAACCAAAGGCUGGGUGAAGAAUCGCCCCUCACCCCCAGAACAGGCUGAGAAUGAACGAGCACUGCACGGCCCAAAGGGAGAGUGCUGGCUGACUGUGGAAUGGGUAGAGGUGGGGAGACUUUUGACUCCCAAACUGACCUUACUUGUCUUUUGACAGAACAGCUUAAAUUUCCCAAACACAGUGAAUUGUGUGGCUCCAACCCUGGCCUCACUGUUGGCUGCUUAGCACCUACAGUUACCUUGGAGGGGUGGGGCGCCAGCCCAGGGUGCUCACUAGUUCCUGGUUACCCACACCCCCAGGGGUCUGCCAGCACAGAGCCCCUCUGCUUCUCUUCCUCUCCUUCAUGGGAGAUGGCGCUGCAUUUCCAAGACCUGGGAUGGAGGGACGCAGACCCUGGGAAAACAGGUGGUAAAACAGCCCAUCAUUAAGGCCUAGGUUGGGGGUAGAUAUUUUACCCCGGUGUCCUUGACCUGGGCUGUAAGACGUUCACCCACACAGGCACACAGGCAUGCGUACCCACCACAACAAAGAUCUACACUGCUGCCAUACACAAAUCCAAAACACGCACCACACAUGCAAAAUACAUAGAGACCAAAUUGAUGAAAAGAGCAUACACAGAAGAUACAUGGUUAUACCUACAUCCAAAAUAUAACACUCAACACAGACAUGGAAUGCACUUGCCAAUACAGAACAGACACAGAUACACCCUGUACAAAGACACAACCUGCAACUCGGAUGCAAAAUGCACAAAAACUACGUGGACAAAUGGGUACCCAUAUAGAAUACGCAUACAAAGGAUAUCUUACUAUUGUUUAUGCACACAAAAUACACUCAAACUCGGUUUAGACAUACAAUGCUUUUUGCUCAUAUUAGGCCCACAAAAUACAGCACACACAUCCAAGAACAUACACACGUAACACACGUGAAAUGUUACAUAUAUCAGAUCUAUUGCUCUGCCCCAUCGCUAUAAAUUAAUAGGCAUAAACAAAAGAUCAGAUUUAAUCACCUUUCCCUAGCCUGAGUUAAUACCCCUCAAUAUGCAUCAAGAAAUCUCUUCCUCUAGUCUCUUCUCUCCCUCUUACCCCCAGAUUUCAGAAAAAGAACCCGCAAGUUUUAAAGCAGAAAGAUGGGCCGGUAUUGUCAAGCAGAUCUCUGAUUAAGACCAGGAAUCUCAUGGGUGUCUACCUAUUCACCUUCCUCCAACCAGAAAGCCAGAUGCCGAGUGUAGAAGGACCUGGUCCAUUGAUAUACACCAUUGGGCCAGCCGAUGGCCCAUUAAUAUACACCUCCUUGCCAUGUCCUUUACUUCAAGGCAAGUCCAUGUAGACAACCCAGUGGCCCCAGCUCCCCUGCUCCCAACCCCUGGGAUCUCUGGUUUCAGCACCGUUCUCUUGAAAGCUGUGAUGGCUCGAGGAACUGCAGAGUCCUGGGCCCAGGACCAGAGUGAAGAUGCCCCCAACAUUCUCUCAGUCCACAGACGUCAUUACCCUUCCAUCCCAGAUGACUUUGUCAGGGGCUCAGUCACAGAGUCUGGACCAUAUAAAGACUUGUCUCUUAAAAUGAGUCACCUCUUCUCACUUGUGGCAUCUCACUUGCUCUUGGGCAUAGGCCCAGUGGGGUCAACUCCUGAGUCCCCUCUAUGAGUGUGCCAUCCCAGGCACACUCCUCCCCGCUGCCGGGGCUCUGCCUGGAUGCCCUGCUUCCCAGCCAGUGGUUGCACCUUGAGGAAACACACACCAAUUCGGCUUCAGUAAAACAUGACGAUGGACAAAAGCCUAACGUGAAACAAGCAAACAACAUUUUUUUAGACAGCCUGAUUUUUAGCCUAUAUUAUAAGGCCAGAUUUACAUAAGACGACACACUGUUUUGGAUGACGCCCAGAGCUGACUCCUCCCACUAGGGGACUGGCUGAGAGCUGGAUGCAUUUUGGCAAAGGUUCCCCUCAAAUGGAAGUGGGGGGUUGAAGUCAGAUGUAGGAUCAGGCAUCAGGGUCUCCACUUCUUUGCCCGUCCCGGAUGUGUCCCACUCUUCCCUCCUAAAGGUGGUCGCAGCUCCCAGUCUCCAAGGAGGAGGCAGCACUAGCGGGGAAUAGAUAUGUGGGGCCAAACCUGCCCAUUUAGCACAGCAUGCUGGGCCUUUAGAGGGUUUUCGAGUCAAGACACCAAUAGGUGCCUCAGUGGGCUCAAACUUUCAAGAGAGUUGGAGUUUUCUAAACAGAAAGAGGUCCAGGAAAGGUGGGGAGGUCGUCAGGAAGACAAGGUACCUGAGCUGGACAGAUUUCAGAGUCAACUUUCCAGGAGCUAGAAUUUAGUUAAUGUUCAGGCCCUGUGCUUUCAGAAGUUUCUGUGGUCUUUGACACACUCUUCCUUCCUCUCAGCUGGGCCUCUGAGGAUGGAGUAGGCAUGUCACCAGGAGGUUAGCCUUGAAAGGGGCCUCCGACCCUGGGAGUGUGCCUCCAGACUCCACUGGCCUGGUGUAGAAAAGGUUUCCGUGAGAGCUGUGUUGGCCUGAGCCUCCCGCCUGAGUGCUCACGUGGCCACCCCGUGUGCGAAGGGCUGCAGGACUAGCUUGUCCUGUCUGCUCUUCCUGGACCUCUCACUCCAUUGUAGUGAGGUCUUUGGCCAACUUCCUUACUCAUGGUCAGCCAUAAAAUAGCAGUGCCAAGCCGUGAUGAGAGAGGGCAUGCUGGGGCUUCAGCACUGCCUGCAGUAGUGGAGAGGAGAGGUGGAGGCUGACUUUCCCCAAAAGAAACUAUAAGACAGUUUGCAAAUUGCAUAUGGCAGUGGCACCAAUCUCCCACCCAACCCCAUGGCAGGUGGGAGGAGCACACUGCUCUGUCUAAAGACCCCUGUUUACCCAGGAGUGGGGAUGGUGGCCCCACUCCAGCUCUGGUUCUCCUGGGACCCAUGAGAGCCUCCAUCUGGGCAAUGGCUGCCUGGUCUGAGAGGGCCGGUCCACAUAGGCUGUAAUGUCCAGGGUGCUCUUCAGUUACACAAUGGAGGCUCCCCCAGCCUUGGCAAAGUGUCCAUUGCCAGGUUCAAACCCAUGACCUUAACCUCAUUAACAUCAUUAGCCACCUGAGCCAACCAGCGGAGCACUGGAGGCUGGGAGGUGUCCAGAUGGCUAGUGUGACCAUCAUCUAGAUCCUCAGACUUGGCCUUUGUUCAGACCAGCCCUUUCUCUCAUCAAAGCAGCAAGCCAGGACAGGUGGAGAUGAGGGAUCGGCGGCAAGCAGGGGUGGGUCUCCUCAUCAAACGAAUCUAGUUCACUUUUCCCUUCUUUCUGCUUCCCUUCCCACCAAAGUUCAGCUCCAUCUCUCAUAGUUUAUUUUUAAAGAGGAAAAGUGCAAUAAAAGAAAUAGUGACUGUUUUCUUUAGCAAUAGCUAUUUCAAAACCUUGUUCUCAGGACUGAAAAGUGAUAGUACCCGGAUUCUCAGAUAAUGUCCUUGGCUUCUGGGCAUUAGUUCACUGUCUCUGUUCCCUCUUCUUCCCACGUGGUCACGUGACUCCUGCCCCCUUCUCCCUGACUCUGCCCCUGCUUUGGAAUGUAGACAUACACAGGUGCCACGGUCUGCACGAGGAAGGUCCACGAGAAGGCUUCCUUCGUCACCCUGACUCGUCCCCGUGUGCACCUCUGUCUCUGUGUGCAUCGCCGUCCCUCUCCCGCUCCCUUAAGCCAGCCCUCACGUGGCAUUGUCACAACCUCUAGGCACUGAAACCUUGAGUUUGAGUGACCUCACACCAGCCCAUCUCGUUGACUUUCAGUCAGACCGGCAGGGUGUAAUGGAAGCCCACAGGAAAGCGCUUACCGAUAGAUAAGAAUGAAGCAUCCUGAGCCAUUACGGAAGAUCAUUUCCAUGCACUCAAAGCCAUUACUUGAUCCAUUUGUUUCCCUUCCUCCCCUCCCUGGGAGAUGGAUGCUGGGGGAAGGUUGCCUGGAGGUUUGCACCUGGAAUGGGUAGCCUGGGCAGAUUUGGGGAGUUGCCCUCUGGCUGUCCUUCAAAAUAAGCUGACCUGCUUAACCAAAGGCACUCCAGGAGAGCUAUGGAGGGAAGCAAGUGUUUGCAGGUGGAGAUCUACAGGGACAGAAGUCUGGGUGGUUAGGGCAUAACGUUAGUGAAACAAAGAGCCCACCACCCACUACAGUGUACAUUUGCACAAUAUUUGCACACGUAACUGGGGACUUCAGAAGAGCCUCCUUUCCUGAAAAAAAUCUAUGAGGUUAAAUUUUCAAACUGGACAAUCAGGGAAGGCUGGCAGCUCCAGGGUCCCAUUCCAUUCCUUUUCAAUCUACCUUGCUCUAUACACGUGUAUACAGCAAAACCUCAGUUAACUGAUGGGGAAAUCCUCAGGGAAGGGAGUGUCCAGAUUGCUUUAUAAUUAUGGUUUUGGGGGUGGGACUGGGAAAACAUGUUUUGGUUCAACUUUUAUUAUUGGGGGGGAAAAAACUUUCCUAAGUAGGUUAGUAUAAACUUUCCUGCCUUAGUAAGUAGAAUGUAUGAAGACGACAGAAGACCUUGCACCGCUCAGGGUCAACAUUCUCAACCUCAGCGCUCAUUGUACAGAAGUGUAGGGGGAAGAGACCAAAGAAACAGGCUGAAUGGGUGUUGACUGCCAGGCAUACCUGGAAUUUGGCCAUUUGGGCUCAUCAGAUAAUGCCCUUGCUAUUGUUUGCCUCUUUCUACUGAAAGCAUAGUUAAGAAAACACAAUUCUUAUUAGUCGAGGUUUUGGUUAAUUGGUCCUGAGUAAUCAGAGGUUUUCCAUAUAUACAUAUAUCUGUGUGUAUAUAUAUGUAUAGUAUAUGUAUAUAUGUAUACCAUUGUUUCCAAAAUUAUAUACAGUGGCCGCUCCCCUUAGCUUCACUAAUGUGGAAUACAUUUGGCAAUCCAAGAAAGAAACUGCAUUUCUUUGAAUUUUUUAAAUGACCUUCCUUUAUAAUCUUACCAUCAUCUCUCCAGGUCAGCUUUGUCUCCCACGUAGGGAACCUCUCUAGAAGGUAGUUCUUUCGUAACAAAAGAUCAGGCUCCAGGAUCUUUCCCUUCCCUCCCAGGUGGCUGCCUGACUCAGGGAUAAAAGGGAAGUCUGAUCUAAGGGCCAGGUGCUUUAUCCUCUUUUCUGUCUGCCCUGACUGGCGGUAACCUCAUCACUGAGGACCAGAAAAGUUACUCCAAACUUGGUAGCUCUUGGGGAGUGGAAACCUCGAAGACAUGGCAAAGGACUGCUCUGUUGAGCUCUCUCUUUGCCCUUGGUGCCCUAGGCUUGAAUUUCAUGAGAUCUGAAAGUAACAUUUUUAAUGAGUGCUAAAGCAUGUCUCUGCCCAGUGGAAGGUGAGAUGUGCAGCAACCAAUGGAACUAACAAACCCAUCCUGUAGUUGAUUCUGACCAAAUCUAGGUUGUGGGUGUAGGCAGCAGAGCACCUCUAAUUCAUUUGCCUCUUUGGAGAAACAGCUGGGUCUGAGCUGAACUGUGCUCCCGUUCCCCUUCUCACGGGCAGUGAGUUAGCACCAUGGGAGAUGGUUCCAGCGUCACCUCCUGCGUUUGACUGUGUGCACUGUAUCUGGAUGAGGUUGGGAGGGAUUCCUCACUGGUAGCUGAGGCAAUUGAGGUGGUGCAGGGGUGCUUGCCCCCUCCUGACACUUCCAGCAGCCCUCCAAUCUGGUCAAACUGGCGGCAAUCAGAGAGUCACAGCCCAUAAACCAGACUUAGCACGACCAGCUGGUGAACCAGAGCAACUGAGGCAGCAUGUCCGGAUGGCCACUUGUUACACGGCAUGAGCCUCAGCGGGGAAAUGGAUAUACCUUGCUGUGCUCCCCCUGCACUCCUAAAAUAGUCAGAUCUGUUCCAGAUGAGUUUGCAGCUGAGAACUGCCUGCAUCAUUCCACUGAUGGAUGCACAGGGCAGGUGUGAUUACAUAAUAAUGUGGACAGCUGCAGCAACAUCUAGAUAAUCGAGGGUGGUGUAAGCACGGCUGUGUGCUAGGACCUUUGGUAGCUGCCCAGAGGACUCGGUCCUGUGUCUCUUCUCCAUCCUCAUGAGAGACCUGUAAGCCCUGCUUCUCCUUGAAAACGGUUCCCUGGACGCUGACUGUCUUGUUUGUGUGAGCGCACACACACUCCCGGCUGCUAGAGAAAGCAAGAGCAGGAGCUGGGAGGAAGAGGAUAUUGGGGGGCUCGCUUUGCUCCCAAACAAUGUCCAUGUCAGCUGCUGCCACUCCUGUCCUGUCAGCUUGUGAAGGGGAGGGCGAGGUCUGUGACCUUCCAGGUAGGGCUGGGAAGGAGCGAGCAGCCGCAGGCUGAGAAGUGAGAG